AUGGCGGACGGUGGUAAGCGAAAGUCGUGUGAGGGCUUUUCUAGGGCUGUAUCACUUCUGUGAGAAGUUGUUGGCAUUCUUGAUGUAGACGAGAAUGAAGGCGAAACUUAUCAAAAUAACUUGUCAUCACUUUUGACAUCUGUGGAGACUCAACCUUCGACUUUGAGGCAGUAUAGCAUUUCGAACCGGACGAACGGCAACAACAGGUUUUUGUCUGAUUGUAACAAUUCAGCCAGCCAAGUUGGUGUGUCUUCCAGUGGUGGUGCAAAGCGAGAUAAGGAUCGGAGGCAAAAUUCAAUACUAGCGCCUAGCGCCAAACGACCUAGAAAAUCUAACAGCAGUCAAAGGUCUUAUAAAGUCAAGGAAACCUGGAUGCACAAGUUUUUCUGUCUUGCUGAUAGUGGUUGCAGCAGCGUACCUAGUCGGGCAGUAGAGUUCCAACUGCAGUCUGCCGGUCUUGGUAGAAAGAAGAUAAUAUUUGAAUGGAAAGGCAAUCCCUUUACAUUUAAAGCCAAGUUAGAAGAAAUAUUUCCCAGGCUUGUGUGGUGGAUUUGAGAUUCUUAGAAGUGGGGUAAAUGUCCAGUCGUUGGUUUUAAUUCCUCCUCCCGCAGCUGGCUACAGUGCCAUUCUUACGAGAUAUUUCAGGUCUUGGUCAGGCAUUGGCUUACGUGAGGCCUGCACAAAUAAAUUUGGAUAUAACAGAAGACGUUUCUGUGGUGUUGGAUAAUGAGGUACUGUGAACAUACACCUUCAAUGCUAAUAAUUCUUUUCAUUUUGAACCCCACUAUAGUGUAAUAAAAUUGUUAUCAAUGGUGUACAGAGAGUCCAAGACUAUUCCCUCUGGGGGGGGGGUGCUCCUCUAAAUGCCCCUGAUUGUUGUUUUUACCCAAUGUUGCAUACGUUAUAUUCUACUAGCUUGACCUAUUAGUGCAUAUGAAUUUCAUCAAUUGUAUUUAAUUAUACCAACAUAUAAAUAUAUGCAAGUCUAUUUAUUUAACCUUGUAAGUGGUAAAGCGCCCCAACUUUAGUAUUUUACUCUGUCUAACACCAGAAUAUUUUACUCUGUCUAAUGCCAGAUGAUUUUACGUUUUAAAGUGCUAGCUAGUGCUAGUCAAUCAAUGCAUGAAUUAAAUUCUCAUUCACACAUUUAUAUGAGAGGUAAAUUACUCUGAAAUUCUUUGUACACUUUGCUAAGAAUCCAAAAAAUCUUUAAAAAAUCCCCAAAUCUUACUAAUUUUAAAAUAAAAAAAAUCCCAUGAAAUCUCUAAAUAUUUCAGAAAAUACUCAGAAAAGACCAAUGAAAACUUCAACAUCGGUAAAUUCCAUCAAGUUUUGAAAAAUCUCCCAUGGAAAUAUCCUACCUAAACUCCUAUAUCCAUUCCAUAGCCUCAAAAUCUUCAUCAUCCAACACCUCAUGUAAAAUUUUUUAUCACAGGAUCUGGGGAAAAAUGGCGACAAAACAUGUGUUUAGCUACGUUUUGCCUAUUUAUUCGCUUAUUUUUUCUUAUGAUUGUUUAUAUAAAGUUCUGCUUUUAUGAAAAAGAUCAGCGACAAAAAACAUGCAAAAUAUUUGGGGGGAGAUCAUGAACAAAAUCCAAAAAUUUCUGACAAUUUGGGAAAAAAAAUCCCAGAAUCCCAAGAAAAAUUUGCAGUGAUUUUUUAAUCCCAAGAAUCUUUGUACGUCUUUUUUAGAGUAAUUUACCCCCCUAGCUCAUCUAUAUGAAAUGGUGCUACGUAAAGUAAGCAGAUAAACUACUGGAAUGAGGUUUUGUUUUAUCUAAUGAAAAUUGAUCUCUUUAAUUCAACUGGAUUUUAGAAUGAUAGCAGUUACACAGAAGCUCCAACAGUAACAUGUUUGAAUUGCAACAAACAGAUACCAAUGACCCAGAUAAAGCAGCACACCAAUAUGUGUUCAAUGUAAGUUUGCCCCUUUCUGAAUUAAUAUGUAAUCUAAUACACAGUAUAUUGUUCAUUAAUUAUUUUUUUAAAUUAUAUAAAUUAAUUUCUAUUCAUUUUAGCUCUGAAAAGUCUAAGAUUGACUGUAAGAACAAAAAGGUAAGGUCUAUUAUUUUCUUUAUCUCCCAUACUAACAGGUAGGAAAUUUGUCGGCACUGACCAAAAAAUUGCGGGCAGAAACAAAGCUCGUUGCAUUUACAUUCAAAACAAAGCAGAAAGUUAGCAAGAAGCUGUUUUAGCUGACGAUUUUUUGCUUUCCAUUCAACGAUUUACAAAUUAACAGUUAUUCUUUUAAAAGUCGACUAUGAAUUCUUUGUUUUGGGAUGAUUUGUUUUGGGAUGAUUUGUUUUGUAAUCGAGUGAUUGGAAGAAGUUAAUAUGGCGACGUGAACAUGGGAGUAAAUACCGUAUACGUCGAUCUGUGGCUUGUUUAAAACCGUAAUAAACAAAGAAAGACAUGUUAUGAGAAUGAAAUGUAAGUUGAAAUUAACUUUAUAUGCCUCAAAUUUUCCAUCGUAUGUUUCUUAAUGUAACUUCAACUGUCUAAGUUCAAAAUACAAGCUUGCAAAAUUUGACAAAUUUUGAAAAUAUGUAAAAAUAGCUUGACUUUGAACUGUAUUUUCUCAAAAAUAGCCUGUGGCCUCAAUUUCAAAUAUAGCUAAAUGAAAAGAAAAAUCUUUUCGGUGUUUGUAGGUAUCAAACAUAUCAUCAGGAAAAUAGGGGCUCACAAUGUUUUAGCCGAGUCUUUGAGACCCAGUUGCUUUGCACGUGUUGUGGUCAAAUUUUUGCCAAGAAUCAAAGGCCGAAAUGUGGACUUCCUUCAUGAAAACCGGCUCUAGAAGGGUCUAGUUUGAAAAUUUAGCUAUUAAUUUCGAUUUCAUGAGCAUAUUUUGGUUACACGUUAAAUAUUUUUGUGCUUGAUGAGAUUCAAAAUUUGUUGUAUAUUCAAGCCCGGCUUUAGUGUAAUUUUGGUGAUGACCGGAACAGAAAUAAAGAUGUUUUAAAAACUAGCCAUGGCCGUAUUUUUAUUUGAUAUCUUAGGUAUAAGCGUAAAAAUAGGGGCUUGUACAGUUUACAAGGUUGUAAAAUGCAUGACUUGCCUCGAUUUCCAUGUAAACAUUCGAACCCUUACAAAAAAGUCUAUAGGCCUGGCCUAUAGGCCAACCUAUAGGUUCAGUGACUUCCCACUACUCUGAAGGUUCACUACUCCGAAGGUUCACUAGUCCAAAACAUACGCUGGUUUUGAAUUGCAAUUACGUGUUAGACUUGGCUGCUUCGCAGUUAAGCAUUUUUCGUACCUGCAUAUACAUGCACGGAAGUUUAUAAAUCUUUCUAAAUUUUAUACCGGUAUAAGUAUAAUAAUUACUUAAAAAUACAUUUAAAAUCAAACACAAAACUAAUCCUUUUAUUCAUUUAAUUAUUUCUUAAAUUGACAAAAGACUUUCAAGUGGAUUUAAAUUUUUCCAUGCGUGUAUAUGCAAAUAUGAAAAAUCCUUAACUGGGAAGCAGGCAAGUUUAACACGUAAUUGCAAUUCAAAACCAGCGUAUGUUUUGGACUAGUGAACCUUCGGAGUAGUGAACCUUUGGAGUAGUGAACCUUCGGACUAGUGAACCUUCGGACUAGUGAACCGUAACCAUAGGUUCCUAUAGGUUCCUAUUUCACACCUGUUUCCCAUACUACAAUGAUUGCUGUCACUCUAACCAUCACCCAUAAAAGCCCAAAGGCUUCCUUUUGCCAAGUAAAAUCAUCUGGUGUACAUUACAGAGUAAAAUAGUAAAGUGGCACAUUGCCUGUUAAUGGGUUAAAUGUAUUUUAGAUGCUUUUUUAGAUCAAUAAAUCUGAACAGAUAAUCUGUAAAAUCUAUGUUUGAAUUCCUACUUGAGAUGAAAUACAUUCUGAAAUUCUUAUGGAUGAAAAUCUUAACAAAUAAUAAUUAAUGCACAAGACCCUUCACUUGAGUCGACUUGACAAGUAACAAACAUCCCAAAGGAAAUUUUGAUUUUGCAAAGUGGAAACAGUAACUGUGACAGAAAAAUUAUAUUGGUUAAUUUUGGGCCAAGGAGGGUGGGUGGAGUUCCCCAAACGUUAUACCACCCAUUCUCUGAUAUGUGAAUCCAGACAGACUGUAUACCCAACCUCACCCCCAAUCGUAAAGGUAGAGGGAUUCUGUGGUCAUUUUAGGCCAUUGAAAACCUGUGUGAAAUGUUUCCCAAUGUGGAUAAGCAGAAGGUCACUACAACUGUAGAAAACUGUUUUGGAGAUGUUGAAAAUGCUGCUAUACAUCUUCUUGAGGAAAAUAGUAGUGAUUCAAGUAAGUACAGUGUAAAGUACUUUAUUGUGUAUAUGGUCCGCUUUGCAGAAUCCCAGAAUUCGUGUUGUUUGAAUAUAAAGUUAGUCCAACACAAACUUCAACAUUGAUAUAUAAAGCCUGCAUGGAAAUGGGUGUAUCAUGGUUGUAGUUUUACAGUAGCAUGGUCAGGGUUUAACCCAUUAAUUCCCAAAGGUGUCCCUUUGAUGAGUGAAAUGUCGUCUGGUAUUGAACAGAGUAAAAUAAACCACACCAAAGGGGCCAAUUGCCUAUUAAUGAGUAAACUAUAAAGGGCUUAACUCAAAGAUUAACGACUGUUUCAUUUGAAGAUAGACUGGUAAGUAACUUAAUUUGCAACCUGCAAACCGUGCAGCAGAUAUUUAGAGAAAAUUAUUUACUAUUUAGUAAAUAUAAGAGGAGUUUAACUAUAAUGCGAGGCACGAUCUGCGAGGCAGCGAGGCAUGAUGCAAGGCAGCGAGGCAUCGUGCGAGGCAUGGUGAAAAUCAUAACUAAUACGUUUAAAGUGCCUACGAAGCCCAAAAUUUAAUGAAAAUGAAAAAAUACACGGACAAAUGUACGAGUUAUGAGGCAUUGUGCUGAAGCAACUUAAUUUCGGACAGAAAAGGAAUGUGUGUAUUAUCCAGUUACGCAGUAUGCCGGUUAUUCACUGACCUUCUGUCGUUGUCUGUACGUCUCCCGAACGCAAAGUUUUUUUACAUGUAGCACAUUUUGCAUCUCGGUUUGAAUGGUGUACGUUUACAAGGUAGCGUGGAACUUUGUCAGGGAAUGCCUGUACAAUUUUUGACCAUUCAUUGGUUGAAAAAUGCUUCUUAUAAAUUAAUGCUUCUGUUUUGUCGAAGUCAAAAAUCUUAUGUAAGAUCCAAGUCCGAUGAUGGCAUAUGUCAGUAUAUAAUGCAGGUGAGGAGCAAGUGAGGGAGUCCUUAGAAAUUUCUAAAUCCUGUAUGUAUCCCAUUGUAUCAAGCAGUUUGAAGUUAAAUUGAGAUACAUGGCUUUUAAGGUCAACAAUACUCAAACUUUCAACCUUGUUUUGCUUACAGAAUUAUUCCUGCUUUUUACAGAAUAUACAAUAGAAUAUACUGUAGAAUUCAGAAAGUACCGGUUCGGCCUGAAGAUAAGUUAACUAAACUUCCACCGCCUAAGGCUGUAGUGUAUUUUUUUCAUUCUCAUUAAAUUUUGGGUUUCGUAGGCACUUUAAACGUGUUAGUUAUGAUUUUCACCAUGCCUCGCUGCCUCGCAGUUUGUGCUGCCCCAUAUAAGAGAAGACCAAAGCAGCUAGUGCGUAAUAAGCGGGUGUCUCUGUUGCAUGAUACAAACUAUGCAGACUGGUUUUUUAAAACCUGAUAACUGUUGUGUCAGGCAAUCAGCUUUUAAUUGAACGCUUUUAAAAGAUGAUUGCUUCUUUGUUUUUAUAGGUGAUGAUGAGAUACUUCUGAAUAGUACUAUGUUUAUGAGUAAAACAAGAGCAAACUAUUUGCCAUCAUCCACACUGACUUCAUCUGAAGCAAAAUCAGUCAAAAACGACUGUAAGUUGAAGUUAAAAAUUAAUGGGUUUGGCGGUUCUUAAGGUGGCUCCUACAAUUUUUGAAAUAUGACAAAAUCGUGAUUUAGAUUUAAUUUUUUGAAGAGAUGUUUCUUGUUAGAAGACAAAAAUGGUACAACCUAUAUAUUGAGCAAUCUUCUAAGAGUUGAAAAUUGUUCACGAAAAUGACGUCAUUACCGUUGCUAUGGUAACAAUGACAUUUCAAUAUGGCCAACAUUUUACCUUUUAUACAUUUUACUAAAAAAAAGGCCAGUUACCCCCAUUUUUUAUUUCAUGAAACGUUUUCAUAUAGAAAAAUGAAUGAUAUGAACAAGUUUAAAAAAUUCUGUAAAUCAGAAAUGUCAUUGUUACCAUCAACAAUUUUCAAUUCUUAGGUGCUCAGUAUAUGUGGUACAAUUUUUUUCUUCUAACAAGAAACCUCUCUUCAAAAAAUUAGAUCUAAAUCAUGAUUUUGUCAUAUUUCAAAAAUUGUAGGGAGCCACCUUAGUAUAGUCUGUGUCUAACCCAUGGUUAAAAUGCUAAAUAGAGUGCAUGUGGACCAUGUGGUGACAAUAUGUUCUAAUGGGUUAACAAAACGAAAUAAAAAGACCCCUGUUAUUUUAAGGGAGAGAAACUACUGUAGAAAUAGUAUAAAAUAUAGCAGUCAUCUUAUGGAAAGAAUGUUUGGUUAAAUUUCUAUCAAUUUCUAAGAAUACAGGCUUGUGAUUAUAAUUGACUGGUCUGAUUAUUAAUUAGUUACUAAGUCAAAGUUGCUAGGUACCAUGUUUUGACAAGUCAUACAUAUUUUAAUUAAAAUAGGUUUACUGUCCAUGUGCAGCAGCCAGCUUGAUUGCACACUAUUCAAUUUCAAAUGACCGGACUAUUUUUACUUUGGCACAACUUUUAUUUCGUAUUUUCCCUCUCUUUUAGGUGAAAUACAAAUACUUGAUCCUCAAAAAGCCUUGCAGAAAUUUAGAGAAGAAAAUAAAGUACCAGACGAUGCUCCACAGCGCAUUUUCAUCAAUCGGUUUGAGGACGAUCUGGAAAAUGAUCUUUUAGGAAUGUAUAAGAAUCCAGCUUUCAGAUUACAAGCUGAACCAAGAGUCCGAUUUGAAUCAGAACCUGGAGUGGGGAUUGGUUCAGUUAAGGAGUUUUUCUGUCUUUCUCUGCAACUGCUAGAAAGUUGGGUUAUCCAAUAUUGGUCAAGGACGAGUGAUUAUAUUUGAAGGAAGUACAGAUCAUAAACUACCUGAAGUGAAUAACCUCAUGAAACAGGCUGGUCUGUAUUCAAAUGUGGGGGAAAUGUUGGCACAUUUUAUUUUACAUGGUGGUUCUCCUUAUUAUGGCCUUUCUCGUGCUGUUAUUCACUACUGGAAAGUGGAUGAUAUGGAAAGAGAUCUAUUGCCAUUGUCUCUUGAUGAUAUUCCUGAUUAUGAGCUCAGAACAGUCCUACAGGAGGUACUUGGUUCCUUUUUGUAUUCUAGGUUGAAAGACUAUUAUUGCUGCAGUAUUUUCUUCAUGACUACUUCAUAUUUCCCUUAGAAACCUUAUUGCCAGAGCAGACCUUGUAGUCAUUCGUCAAUUUGUUGUAUAGUCUGUAGUAUUAACAGAAAUCAGGGCUUUAUCCAAGUACCAACUGACCUCCGGUAAACAGAGGUGAAAACACAAUCUUGGAUUGAGUUUUUAAACUGAACUUUUUCCCCAACGAAAAGAAAAAAACAACAAGAAAUCAUUUUCACUUGCUUUAGUUUUUGGAAUUCCAGGAAACAGGAUUAUUUGAGCUGGUUUUUUUCCAAAUAAAAUGACAUGUUUAUGUUAUAAAGCUACCAUGCUUGGAUGGCAUGCAUGUUUGGAUUUCUGAUAAAAAAUUUUGAUCACAUCAGCACAAAAUGAAAUGGGAUGAUUGAAGAAUAACCAAUAUUACAAACAGAAAGUACAUUAUUCGAACUAAAAUCUACAAUUUACACAACUUUGAGCUGGAAGAGUGAAAAAGCUGCAGAAAAAAUAUGCUCGAAUACGAGUACAUCGAUGCAUGGCCUCUUUAGUAUUGUGCAAUGUUCACAUAAGAUUACAUCAAUCCCAAACCACACAGUUACAUUUGAGCAACGUGGCGGCAACAUAGUCUAAGAUGCAAAAGCUUUCAGGGACUUUGCCCCUAGACUCCCAGGGCUACAUUUGUGUGUUACAAAAACGGAAUAAUCUUUUCUAAAACGGGGGUUAGCAAAAGUGCUUGGAUAAAGCCCUGGAAAUUACUAUUAAGCUAUAUACUAAUGUUCUGAUGGUUAUUUAACUUUUAGAUCCAGAACGGUAGUAUAACAGAAGACCAUAGAUCCACAUUAUUGCCAUAUUUACUAGAGGUAGGUUUACCACCUUUGACUGAGGCUAAUGUAGAGAUUAGUAUCCAAGGAUUACUGAUGUAUAAUGUCUUUGAAAGAAGAAGGCAUAUUCUCGAUGAUAUCACACAUGGUUUAAAUCAAGUUUCAAUGAUCUCCUUCUUGAAGCGACAGCCUGUUGUUGCUGACCUCUUCUUUCCACGAGAUAUCGCUCGUGUUGUAAAAGCAACAGAUGUUGAAAAUGAAAGGUCCUUGGUUGUACAUGCUGGGUCAGAGCAUGAACAUCUGGUAGGAAGCUUCCUUACAAGAUACAUUUUUGAUCUUGAAGAUGGAUGCAUGAAAGGUAAUGAGUUCUUUGUUAGAGCCAAGUAA